GAUUUUACAUUCAAUAUUCCAGAUGGAUACAAGAAACCGCUUCAAAAGGUUUCCCCAAAAAGGCUAACGAUUUAAAAAGCAGCGUGCAAAAAUUUUUAACCGAAAAUCCUCGCCCCAAUAACUUUAAAGAUAAUCGACCUGGAGAUGGAUGGUUAAAAGGAUUUUUGAAGCGACAUCCAGAGGUUUCUAAAAGGACAAGUGAAGGUGUAACGGCAGCUAGCGCUUGUGUAUCUGAACGAGACAUCAAAAACUGGUUUAAAAAUAUUGAAACCUAUGUCAAAGAAAAACAUCUAGAAGAAGUUCUAACUGAUCCAUCAAGAAUUUUUAAUGGAGAUGAGUCAGGAUUUCAAAUAUGUCCAUCUACUGGAAAAGUAUUUGCUAUGAAAGGUUCAAAAAAUGUUUAUAAUGUUGAAAAAAGCUGUUCAAAAGAAAACGUCACUGUGAUGUUUACGUUUUCAGCAGACGGUAAAAUUUGCGUGCCUAUGGUUAUUUAUCCUUAUCAACGUAUUCCAGAAAAAGUUGCUAAAGGCAUUAAUCCUAAAUGGGGUGUGGGCAGAAGCGAUAAUGGUUGGAUGACGGCAGAGACAUUCUAUCAGUAUAUUGCGAAUGUUUUUUACCCCCACCUAAUUGAAAAUAAUAUUAAGCUUCCAGUUAUUCUUUUUGUAGAUGGGCACAAGAGUCACUUAAGUUACCAAUUAAGUCUAUUGUGUAAUGAACUGCAAAUUGAAGUAAUUGCACUUUAUCCUAACGCCACAAGGAUUUUACAACCAUGUGACGUCUCUAUUUUCCGUCCACUAAAAGAAGCUUGGCGGCAGUCAGUAAGAGAAUGGGAAGAACAGCAUCCAGGAGGGGUAGUCAAUAAGGUUGUAUUUGCUUCUAUAUUGGAGCAAGCUACAAAAAAAGUUGUAAAACUGAAACAGUAGUAAAUGGUUUCAAGGUUUGCGGAUUGUUUCCAUUUAAAGCAGAUGCUAUUGACUACACAAAAUGUUUAGGUAAAGAAGUAGUAAAAAAUUUAAUCAUUUCGGAUCAUCAAAAGAAACCCAAGAUGGACUAUAAUACUUUCGUAAAUAUCUUAGGUCCUGAAAAAGUUCAUAGCUUAGAGAAUUUAAAAGAAAAUCAAAAGAAUAAUCUACCUAGCGACGAUAAUUUGAAUUUGUUGUUCAAAAUCUGGAAUUUUUUUGAACAUGAUCCAAAACAUUCUGAUAACCAAAUGGUUCUA